AUUCAUUUCAUUUCGUCAUCCCGUCCACGCGUGGUGCUUUUAAGUCGUCGCCAUUUUAAUUUUGCAGAGAUUAUUUGGAAAGUUAAAUUUUUUGAAAAAUUAUGGGGCCCACUAAAAUUUUCUUAGUUCUUGGACUCGUCGCAACUUUAGUGCCGGCAGGUUUCGCACUGCAAUGCUUCAUUUGCAACAAUUUUGACAACCCGACCGGUUGUGGGCACGGGGACGAAGGGAAAGACCAACAAUUUCUGAAGGACUGUGACGACCCGCAACAAAACCCGGAUUACGAUGAAGCCUCCCGAGACCGAAUUCCGCUCGGUGCAAAGUACGAAUUUUGCAGGAAGAUCGUCACCUCGAUCGAGUUCGAUGUCAACACAAACAAAGCAACGGAACGUAUCACCCGAAAAUGUGGUUAUCUUCCGUCCCAAGGAGGGAAAUAUGACGAGGAAUGUUAUUAUCGGGGUGGAUUUGGGGGUCGCCAGCGGACCUGCACGUGCAAAGGGAACGCCUGCAAUGGCGCCUUCAAUCUCGGCGCGAGUGGCGCCCUCCUCGCGGGCGCGGUCGCUGUGGUUUACUCCGCCACCAAAUUAUUCUAAUUCAAAUUGUUCCAAAUUGUUCUAGUUCAACACAAAAAUAUUAAUCUGAUUAAACAAAUUGUGCAGUUAAUUAAUAAAAUAUGUAAAUCUAUA